AUGGCCGUGGAAAGGCAACGGCGGGCGGAUGAAGCGGCAGCAGCUCCUACAGCACCAUCUCAAUCCCAGAGCGAAACAAUGGCCUCGGAAAUCAACAUCGAUUGGGAUGCGUUGAUCCUGUCGUCGGAAGAGAUCCACAACGACCUCAUUGCCACCAUGAUCGCUCCGGGAGCUGGGUUGAUUGACGUCGGCGGUGACGAGGAUGACAGCGACCAGAUCUUUGACAACAUCUUCAUGCCCGCUUCUGAAGGCAGUGACUCAAUCGACGCCAUGGAGGAGGACGAUCCACAGGACAAAGUAUACACGCCAAUCACUCGGAACUACCAAGAGAACGAGGCGAUCCUCAAUGCCUACUACAUCUUCAUUCAUCCGUACUUCCCGAUCCUGCCACCGCCAGUGACGACACUGCAGGUUGACGACCCAGCGAGCGAAUCCAAAUUCUUCGAGCCGGCGUCGCCCUUGGUCAUGGCAUUGAUGGCGAUUCUUGUUCUGAUCCCCCAUCCCGAGGACGAGUACCCCGAUAGUGAUGAGUCUGUAUGCCUCCGAAGGCAGCGAGCUCACUCUUUCUCCCAAAUGACCAUGGAGAGUAUCGAAAUUGAGACCGAGCUGCUCGAAUCCACUAUCAACCCGUCCGAGGCCUUGGAUCAUCGUCGACCAUUGAUCGAGCGUGAAAAGUUCCACCCUUGUGUGCCAGUGGAGCUGGAAGGUGUCCUGGCACACGUAUUGUUGAGCAUCUAUGAAUAUGCCCAGCGAGGGAAUUUGGCAAAGAUGAGAAAUCGGGCCAGCCAAGCAUACGAUGCCGCCGUCAGACUCUGCCUGCACGACAUUUCUGAUCUUUGUUUGGACCAAUACACAGAGGCACGUCGACGUGCCUGGUGGAUGACAUAUAUUGUCGUUCUGCAGUCGUCCAUCGUUAGCAGCACGCCUCCUAUUAUCUCGAUUGAUUUCCAUCAGUUCAAGACGCCUUUACCAACAUCAACUGCGGACCCUGAUGCUUGGUUGUUCUUCAUUGAAGCCCAGCAGUGCAUCCUGAAGUGUACCCAAUACACUGUGGCGCUGAAGAAGGCCCUCGACGGCGGACUGGGGGACAGCAUGCUCGAACAGAGGAAAGCCAUGCUUGAGAGCAGUCUCGAUUCAGUCCUCUUGCGAUAUGCCUGCCCGCCGAACGAAACGUCGACCCCGUCGCCCACAGAUGCCGAAGAACAGGUCCUGGCCAAGUCGCUGCGAUUACAAGCGGUGAUCAAACUCAACAGUGCGAGGAUCAAACUUCACCGAUAUCGCGCUUUUCAAGACGUUCCAAUAUUCACUCGCCGCCACUGCGAUCUCGAUCAAGCUGAUGUCUCUUCUCCGCGUCCACUCGGAUGCUCCUGCCAUGCCAUGCUUCCAUCUGCGUUCUCAAAUACCUCGCCGAAUGGAUAUCAGUCUGGUGGCUUUCCGGGGCUCCGAUCACACUCGCCUCAGGGGAGUGCUUCUGAUGCAUCUAGCGACCAUAUAGAUGGACUCCCAAAAGGCGUAUCGAUCACUGACCUGUCUGCAGCCAAGACUUGCCUCAGAGCUGCCCUUGCCAUUGGCAGGGCAUUUGAGUCCUUCCCUUACCCCAAUCCCAUGCAGUUGCCACUCCCUCUGCCUUCUUCACCAAUGCUGUCACUCGACUCUUCAACUCCAGCUCCGCGAACCAUGCCCUCAUUUGCCUGCUGUGCCAUGCAGAGCUGCUACACCCUGCUCACGCUGUGCUACAAAAGCCUUGAAAUGCAGUGCAUCAAUCAAAGGAGCUCGGCCGCCGACAAGGGGAUAGAUGAUUUGUAUGCCGGAGUGGGCCGGGUGUUGAGAGCGCUACAAAAUUAUGCCAUUGCAUUUGAGGCACUGAAUGGCAUGGUUCGUAAGUUUUGUUUCAUCUUUGAGUGA